GCCGUACCGCCGCGUCCACCAACUGACCUGGACACAUCUGAAUCGGGCGCGCUGGCCCGAGAAUGGCAGUUUGGCAUGGCAUCCGACCUGGGGCUUCCAGAAGCCUCUUCUGCCGACUUCGCUGUCGGCCCCGAGGGAGGUGGCGGCACCUCUGACAGCCGCGGCACUCUUGCACUGGGAACCAGGACCGCAGCGCCUGAAGAAGCGCUUGCAGGAGGCUUUGGGGCUCAGUGCACAAGAUGCUUUGGCGCUGGUGCAGAGGUCACGCGUCACUGUGGAUGGUCAGAUCCAGAGCAAAGAUCGCUGGAUCGAGGACAGACACGAGAUCACUGUCAAUGGCCAUCCGUUGGCGGAGAUCAGCGGAAUCUCCUUUGUGGCGCACAAGCCUGCAGGAUUUGCUCUGACCGAAGGAGAUCCGCUGAAGCGGCCGACCUACGUGCAGCUCCUGCCAGACCCGUCGCUGAUAGCUCGGCCUUUGCCGAUGCCUGUGGAUUUGUGGGCCUCGGGCCUGGUCGUCUUAACAAACCACGCUGGGUUGAGAUCUGCGCUGACCUGCGAAGGUGCAGAGUCACCCCAGUCCACGUUCAUGGUGAGGCUGCGCAGGCCUCUGUCGGAGCACCAGAUUGAUAUUCUGGAGACGAAGGCGCCCUACGAAGGUUUCGCUGAGCCGCUGCUGUUGGAGGACCUGACGUAUGCGCAGCGUGAUGAAGUCGCUGUUGUCGAGGAGCCACCGCCGCCGGACGUCGGGACCCUCCUGGGCUCCUCGGUAGCGACGUGGGGCUCCAAGCCGCGGAGGUCCAGAUACGUCCCGCAUGAGGAGUUGCCGAUCGUGGCUGUGUCGCUGCGCGGCGGCGAUUCGGCGACAUUACGGCGGGCUCUCCUGGCCGUGGGCGCGGCUCCAGUCGAGAUCUGCUGCGUCAGUUGGGGGCCGCUGGCCCUCGAGGGCUCGGAUCUGCCUUGCAGCCUGCACUUGAGUUUCAGGAACAAGGGCUCUCAAACUCACUUCAUGUCGGGGGAGGAGUCUUCGGUGGGUAGGCAGGGAGACACGGGUACAUUGAAGCCGCAUGAUAUGCUAGGCAGCGAGAUCCUUGCUGAAGUCUGCUCCCAAAAAGCGUUCCGAGGAUCGAUCCCGGAGGUGUCCGGCCCCUGA